ACACCGAUAGUAUCGUAUAAACAACGUCUUCAGUUCCAUCUCCAAAACGCUGGCGUUUCUCUCACCAAAUAGUUUACAUUUUAAGCAAUGCAAAUAAAUUACAGGCAAACACGUAACCAGUGGCUGUCAAUUGAAGCGAGAGCCGGCAGCUAAGCAAACAAACUCGGCAAUCCAACUGGCCAACACAUCAAUAGGACCUUCUGCGGAUCAGUUGUACGUGUGACAUAUCCGCGAUUCGAUUUGCCACCAGAUUCGAUUCGAUUCGAUUCGAUCCAAUCCGAUCCAGAAUCCAAAUCCGAGAAUAUAAGAAAACUGCCAGGUUGGCGGUCGCUGGAGUGUGACGUGCGACCCGCGACCCGCAACUAAAUAUACAUACAUAUAGUCGAUGCCGACGAUUCCAGCUGGGCCCGUGCCCGAUGCUGGACACGCUUGUUGGACACGGCUGCUGCUGCUCGACAAGGGAGCUCUGUAGAAGGGCCAGCCGAGGGCUUCCAAUCCCAAUCCCACCGAAUCCGAUCAGCCAGCUUCACGCCAAUGUCGUUGCAGCGGUAGAGUCGCACUGCAGCAGACGCCCACCACCUACGCCAAAACCAACAACACCCACCAACCCCCCCGAAGAUGCGAUCGCGCAAGGUGCUGCUGGUAAUUGGCUUUCUGGUUACGUGGACCUAUGCCACCUACUAUCUGCUGAUGCGCCAAACGGGCAUCCACACGAGUUGGGAUCAGGCGCACCAUGCCUACCGGAUCAACUCGCAGGCGCGCGAGGCCAACCUACAGAGCCAUCAUCUGGCCAAGAACAUCUUCGAGUUCGUCAAGAUGAAGUACUUGGAGAACCAGCCGAAACCGCCGUCGGCGGUCUCCACGCCCCAGAUCAGCAUUGUCGCCGCUGAAAUAUCUGCGGAGCUGCCCGAGCAGCAUGUGGCCAAGGCGGCCAAGGUGGCCACGGCGCGGAUUCCAUGGAAAACAUAUCUGGCCACCGGCGAGCCCGUCUUCCCAGUUCUGGUCUUUGCGUGCAACCGGGUGUCGGUGAAGAAGUGCAUCGACAACCUGGUCCAGUACAGGCCCAGCAUUGAGCAGUUCCCCAUUAUAGUGUCACAGGACUGCGGCGACGAGCCCACCAAGGAGGUGAUCCUCUCCUAUGGCAACCAGGUAACCCUGAUCGAGCAGCCCGAUCUGAGCGAUAUCACCGUGCUGCCGAAGGAGAAAAAGUUCAAGGGCUACUACAAGAUAGCACGGCACUACGGGUGGGCCCUGAACACCACCUUCGGCGUGGGCUUUGAGUUUGUGAUCAUCGUCGAGGACGACCUGAACGUGGCGCCCGACUUCUUCGAGUACUUCCUGGGCACACACCAUUUGCUCAAGCAGGAUCCCAGCCUGUGGUGCGUGUCCGCCUGGAACGACAACGGCAAGGCUGCAGUGGUGGAUGCGGCGCAGCCGGAGCUGCUCUACCGCACCGACUUCUUCCCUGGUCUCGGCUGGAUGCUCACCAACGAGCUGUGGGCCGAACUGUCCGUCAAAUGGCCCAAAUCCUUCUGGGAUGAUUGGAUACGUCAUCCAGCCCAGCGCAAAGAUCGCGUGUGCAUUAGGCCUGAAAUAUCGCGGACUCGCACGUUUGGAAAAAUAGGCGUAUCCAACGGCUUGUUCUUUGAUAAGUAUCUGAAGCACAUUAAACUCAGCGAGGACUUUGUGAAGUUCACAAAAAUCAAUAUGAGCUACCUGCUAAGGGACAAUUAUGAUAAUACAUUUCUGCAGCGCGUUUAUACGUAUCCCAUUGUUACGUACGAUGAAUUGCGUCGAAAUUUGAUUAGAAUCGAAGGACCUGUUCGCAUACAAUACACUACAAGAGAACAAUACAAGCGGACAACCAAGAUGCUGGGGCUUAUGGAUGACUUUAAGAGCGGUGUUCCUCGAACUGCAUACCAUGGCAUCGUCUCCUUCUAUUACAACAAACGGCGCGUGCACUUGGCCCCCAAUGCCAACUGGAAGGGCUACGAGCUGUCGUGGAGCUAACGACGCUAAAUCUAGGACACCGCCAAAUCCACCUCCACCACCACACAGCUAGCCCCGUGUGCUUGUAAUACCAAAAAAUAGCCCUAUUAAUUUUUAUUAUUGUUUGACCAAUUAGCUAAGUUGUAACUAUGGAAUCUCCUUAAACGGGCGGCAGUCGCAAAGACUCCGCUGUUUUUUGCCAUCGCGUAAACCAGGGGCUCGAGAUAGACAUGACUUCUCAAGGAAAUGUAUCAAAACGAGACAUUUUCCACAUAAAAGUGUGCUCUCGUGUUCCCUGAGUUACUGUCCUGCUGUUGGCGUAACAAAAUCAAAUCCAAUGAGUCUCCACUAUGUAUAGUAGUUAACCGAACUGUGUGGCAAGAGCAAAAAGUGUUCCAUUCUAGCAUGCCACACAAGCAACGCAAUGAAUUGUAAAUAAGUCAGUGUCGUUCGCUUUUGUUACAGCUCUCUCUCAACCUAUCAUGUUAAAUUGCAAAUAAUUAUAGCAAUGGUUAAGUUAUAGUAUUCAGCGUGUAACUUUUAGCAUUUAAGUUGAUCCAACUCGAGUUCUAACUGCAACGGACGUGUAAUAUUUGUGAUUUGUGAUUAUUUAAUUUACAUUUAUUAAUUGUUGAGAGCCAGUCACUAAACAAUACCCGACCCACAAUGUAACAUAGAAUAGCAAUAACUAGCGCUAGGACUAGAACUAGAACGAGAACUAGACCAGUGCUAAGCCAGAAGGGGUGAGCCAAUAAUCCCGGGCAGGUCUGAAAGUGUGCCACUCUCAGCUAGUUGUAAUCGAAUCUAGACAGACAAGACACGUACUCUACCCCCUAUGACUACCCUUUGUAUGAGCAUAUUUUUGUGUGUGAGAGACGAACGGAACA